AUGACUGAAAUGGGCAUUCAUUCCACCGAGCUCCCGCUGCCUUCGCCAGCUUUCACCAAUGUCUACCCCGAAAAUACACUAGAUGCCGAACAUUGGAAGCAUCGUCCACCAUAUCACAUCCAAAGUCACGAUGAAUUCGGACCCAUCAAGUGGACAGCCUCGUGCAAAUGCGGAAAAAUUACCUAUUCUUUGAACCGCGAGCGACCAUUAAACGCCAAGUUUUGCCAUUGUCGAGGAUGCCAGGUCAUGCACGGUGCGCCUAUGCAAUGGGCAGCGAUCUUUCAUAAACAAGAUCUCUCGUUCGCAAAGGGCUCCAGUGGCCUGUCAUUCUUCUCCUCUUCUCUGAAUUCUCAGAAAUACGACAUGCCCACCAAGGUUUCGUGCAGCUUCUGUCAUACCCUCAUUAUGGAUGAGGGACGUAACACCUGUUUGUUGUAUCCGCAGUUGAUCCAGUUUGAGGGUACGGCAGAUGAGCGGCGGAAAAUGUUGGAGCUUUUUAAGCCAACGUGUCAUAUCUUUUACAAACAGCGAAUGUUUGACAUGCCCGACGGAUUACCCAAAUGGACUGAGAUGGAUGGAAAAAGUCAGCUGCUCGAUGACUCUGGUAACCCAACCCAGUGA